AUGAUGCUUUGUUUCACACAAUUGAAAAUAUGGGAAGGUAUUAAGGUGCUCAAUAGGCCUAACAAUUCUCCAGACACGAAUCCCAUUGAGAACAUGUGGGACUGGAUGAUCAAAUGGAUUUCUGAUAUGGGAAAAUUGCAUAAUCAAAUUGAUUGUUCAAAAGUAAUUGUCCAAAAGAACCCGGGAUGUAAUUCCACAGGUCCCAAUAAACAUUUUGAGCUUGUCAAUACCAAAGAUGAGGGAAUGUUUAAACCUUAA